UGCAUGCUGAAAGUGUGUGUCUAAUCAACAAAAAAAAAAUUGGAAUAAAAAGAGAAUUGGAAUUAAAAUGAGGCUGGGGGGUGGGUGCGGGUGAGUAAGGGGUACGAGGCUGGGGGAGAUAAAAAAUGCAAAAACAGCCCAGAAUCAUGUGUCAGUGGCAAACUGAAGUGUGAGAGAGCGAGAGAGAGCGGGUGAGGGAAGGAGAGACAGAGCGGCAGAAGGAGGGGGAGAGUCAGAGUGCGAGAGAGUCGUUUCUGCCCUCUACAUAGCGCUGCCUGUGUGCACGCGCUCGUCUUUCCCUGUGUUCUCUCUCUCUCUCUCACUCAUACACGCACACGGGAACACGCAGACCAGGACACACAGACCGAGGGAGGGAGAGUGAGAGAGUGAGAGAGAGAACACAUCGCAGCCGAGAUGCAGCAGAAGGUUUUUCGAGGAUUAAGAGCGGGGUCAUGGUGUCGGGAGAGGAUAGCUGGGACCCUCUCCACACCUGCACUGCAUUCUUGGAGCUGAAUGUGCAAUGCAUGGCAAUCCUCAUCUUGUUUUAUACGAAGAUAAUCAAAGAUGCACAAUGUUACCUACAUCUAGGAGUCGUUGUCUCUGGGCUUGACCUCCAGGAACUGCCGUCUUCUUGAUUUGACACUUCUGUUUUCUACCAUCCUUCAACUGUCAACUUUUGCACUGAAGAUAUAGCUAGAACAGACUCUCUGUAAAGCAUUUUCCUGGACCUUGUUGGACUACAGACACAUCCUUUGACUGUCUAGUGGUCUCUGUUUUAGGGCAACUAUAGCCUUGGAGAGCAUCUCAGAGGACUUGUACAAGGAUCCAAUGAAACACAGAAAUAAACACAUGAGAGGAGACAGGAUGGGAGAGGGCACGGAGGAGGCAGAUGGUGCCAAAACUACGAGGAUAUCUCUCAGUUUUCCCCUCAGUGCUGGAUUGCCUAGCUUUUCUGCACAGAAGCACUGCUCCUCAUCCCACCCCACUUCCUCCACUGACGUCCAAGACAGUGAUGGUUCAGAUGGCACAGCAUGGAUGGGGGAAGCAUUCAGAGACAAACAGUUAUCAAAAACGUCAUCAAAAACUGACCGCCUGCCAUGCACUUCCUCUUCCUUCCCUGUCGAUCUAACUGCUCCAGUCAGUAAGAACUGCAAGUCAUCUCUGUCCUUUUCUGUUGAUGGUAGUGGCUCCAGAUACCCAACAUCUCCCUUACAACACUCUAACAAAAUUGACUAUUCAAAAGAGACAGCUGGGGUCAAUAAUGGGUACAAAGAGCAUUCGACAACAGAAACAGCACACAUCCUUUUCAACCUCAGCGCGAGAGCCUACCAGGACCAAGGUGUGAAGGACCCCCAGAGUUCAAAAGGCAAAAAACGCAAGGCAAACAGCCUCCAUGUUGAACUGAGCCUUCCUCUCCCUAGCAUAAACCCUCACUCGUCCUCAUCAACCCCUCCUCCUCCUCCUUCACCCUCGUCUGUCUCUCUAACUUCCUCCCCCUUGACUAUCCCCACGCCAUCUUUCCAUGACUCCUUUAGGGCAGUGCCGAAGCCAGAACUACUGUGUGGGGUGUGCCACCGUCUGUUCAGCACUGCCUCGUCCCUCACUGUCCACAUGCGUCUCCAUCGGGGGGGACGAGUACUCAGCUGCCGCCACUGUGGCAAAGCCUUCAUCCAUAAUAAAAGACUGCAAUCCCAUGAGGCCACCUGCAGGAAAGGGCUGCCAGCUUUUCCAGUGCCACCCAAAGAAGAGCCCCUGGAGGAGGGUGAAGUGGAGGGGGAGAGAGCAGAUGAGGCUGCGGAGCCAGAACAGCUUGGACAAGGAACAAGGCCUGGCCGACCCAUAAAGAAAGUGCGAGACCUUCACGCCCGUCAUGCUGGAACACUGACUUGCAGGGAUGCCCUGGGGGAAGAGGAUCACUUUGUAAAAGUGGUGGAUGGACAUAUCAUUUACUUUUGCUCUGUGUGCGAACGCUCUUACAUGACAUUGUCCAGCCUGAAGCGACACUCCAAUGUGCAUUCAUGGCGCCGGAAGUACCCCUGUCACUACUGUGACAAGGUUUUUGCUCUGGCUGAGUACCGCACCAAACAUGAGGUGUGGCACACAGGUGAAAGGCGCUACCAGUGCAUCUUUUGCUGGGAGGCAUUUCCUACUUACUACAACCUUAAAACACACCAAAAGGCGUUCCAUGGUAUCAAUCCUGGCUUGAUCUCAAGUGAAAAAACAGCCAAUGGUGGCUACAAGCAGAAGGUCAAUGGCCUUAAACUGUACCGCCUGCUGCCCAUGCGAUCUCUAAAGCGACCUUAUAAAACAUACAGUCAGCCAAUGGCUGAUGAACUUCUCACUUCUGAUUCAUCAGUUACCUUGCCUUUACCUACAGACGGCAGCCUCCCACAACCUCUGGACACUAAGAAAUUGGAGUCUUUCCUGAAAGAUCUUCAAACCACAGACAUCAAGACUGAGCCGGAGCGAUUCCCCAUCAGGGUGGGUGUUGAGCUGGGUAAAAAACUUGCUUCUCCUAAAACAGACAUGGCAGUAGAAGCAAGAGAGACAGAGGGGUCAGAUUUAUGGCAGUCAGGUAGUAACAGUGGCAAAAGCAAAACUCCAAAGUGCCCAGAAGGAGCUGUCUCUUCAGUCAUUGCAUUUGCACACAGCAAACCCUCGGUCAUCAUGCACAGUGCUGCAGUUUCUUCCUCUGUCAUUGUUCACAGAAACAAGAUGGAUUCUGAGGAGAGAAAAAGAAUUCCAGAAAAUCAUCCAAUGGCAAAAACAGGUCAAAAACAGAUUAAAAAACAUAGCCAGAGAGAGCACACAGAGGCAUACAGGGACUGGGACGCUGUCAGUGGAGGCGCAGAGGCCUCGAAAAUCAGACAGCCAACAGAGAAACUUCACAAGGGACGAAAAGUUCACAAUAAAACAGAGUCAAGGAAGACAAUGCCUUUAGCGGUGGGAUCAGAAGUCAAAGGCAGCGGCCCACUUUGUCAGAUUACUGUGCGCAUAGGGGAGGAGGCGAUAGUCAAACGGAGCAUCUCUGAAACAGAUCUAAGGAGAGACAAAAGCCCUACACGCAACAAACCCAAAAAGAGUAACCUCUCACAGGAGGACCAGAGAGAGCAGCGGCACACCAAUCACCACCAACGUAAACACCGUAACUCCAGUCAGGAAGGAAAGGAGGGGGAGUCCAAAUGGAAAAACCCUAAACUAAAAGGCAAGGUGAGGAAAUACUUCUUCCGGCAGGAGGUCAGGGAGGACAGAAAUGACCAUGAUGUGGAGGACAACCUAUGGAGGCCUUAUUAUUCUUACAAACCCAAGCGAAAGGCCCUUCCUAUGCAAGGGGCUAAAGCCUGGAAGCGCAAAUUGCACUACAAACGAUCUCUGAGGCCUAUGAGGAGAGCUGAGAGACUCAUGAAAAAUCUGAAUAAAGAAAUUGACGGUGAAGAGGCAGAUGAGGGAGAAGAGAGGAGACAGAAAGUAAAGAAAGAGCGGAAAGAAGUUAGUGAUCCACAGAAAACUGAAGUCAAAGAAAUGUCACACACCUGUCCCGUCUCUUCAAAAAUGGAACAGAAGGAAAAAGAAAAGGGAACACAUGGAAAGCCUGAUCUUCCUCUCCCUUUGUCUGUUUCGCAGGCUACAAUCAAUUCUCAAAACACAGCAUCCUCUAUCAUCAAACAACGAUGGUCAGAAGAUCAGGCUUCUGAGUGUGGAACAUGUGGGCGCUGGUUCUCCAGCCCAAGGAAACGAGACAAACAUGAGUUGACACAUCUAUUUGAGUUUGUGUGCAUGCUUUGCAGAGCUCCAUUCCCCUCACAGUCCAAACUAGAGGAACAUCAGAGGACUCAGCAUCCCAAAACCAAGCCCCUGUCUGCCCCUACUUUCUUCACUUCCCAGUCAUCAAGAAAUGAGGUGGAAAUGAAAGUGGAUGAGAAUGGAGUGGAUGGACGUUCCAUAGAGAAAGGCAGCCCAGUUCGCUUGGGCAGGAGGCCUUUAAUCAGAUAUACAUGCUCACAAUGUGAUAAAGUCUGCAAGACCUCUGCGGCACUUAACUGCCACCUCAAGCGACACGAGUUAGGCAGUUCAACCGAGGUUGAAGACACACAGGAAAAGCAAGAUUUGCCUAGUUGCGCAACUGCUGCAGUGGAGACUGCAUCAAGCAAAUGCUUAGACACCAACUGUGAGCAAGUACAGCCCGUGUCUGUCAUAUAUUACUCCAAACCAGACUGUCAAAUCACUGACAACCAACUGGGUGAGAAGAUGGAAGAACACCAAAGAGUCAGAAAUUGUGAAAGCCCCAAAGUGGCAGCCAAUGACAAAGUCCACAGUCCACUGUGUGCACAGUUUUCCCAAGUUAUGCACAGCCCCACUUUAGAAAGGUUUAACGUCAUCUCUCCUAAUCUCCCUAGUGUACUAGUAAUGAAUGGUGCAGAGUGCCUAGACUACAGGACACCAGAGAAACGGAAUUUAGACACACUAGAUCAGCAGAAAAGAAGCCCAACGCCAAGCGACAGGCAAAUCCAAGUUUCUCAAAUGCUGACAGAGCCUCAGAUUAGAAGAGAAACAACUCCAUCUGGACCUAUAUCACUAAAAACAGGCAGAGGUUAUGUGUUUAGAGAAGGUGACAAUAUUCCAAAUGACGAUUUCAGUGAUUUACAAGAUGCUCAGGAUUUAAGAAUCUUUCCUCAAUCCAGCAGCCAAGCCCAAGACUUAUCCAUGCCAACAAUACUGGCAAAAAAGAAGGAGCUUGAUCAACAGAAUAAACAUCCAUCCAACAUCUCAAAGGAACAGUCUUGUAAUGAGGAGGUGUUGUUGCUAGUACCCAAAGAGGAACCACUCAGUCCUAUACCAUCUCCUACAUGCUCUGUCAUUCAAACCACUCCAAAAGGAUCUUCUCAAAGGUAUUCAAAGUCACCUUGUCACUCUCCAGGACCCUUGGACCUACAGUUGCGGCCACAGGUGGAGCAAAGCCAAACACACAGAGGAAGGCACAAUACAGAAAAACAGGGUCUUAUGUUGCCAGCAAAUUCAGCUAGGAUGAGUGAUACGCUAUCGUCCCACAACCUGCUACAUCCUCAAGUGCCCACAGCAGAGCCUGAAUCAAAGGACCGCACCUCUGUCACUCCUACAGAACACCACAGAGGCUCAGGCUACCCUGUCCAGGAGCUUACUCUUCCCUUGGUCAUACCUGGAGGGUACUGCUCUGGUAAGAAACAGGAGGAGCAAAUCCUGAUGUCUUACCCUGCUGGACCCCUACCCUUUCCGCCACUUGGGAAGAUGGUACCCCACUCUGACUCCACCAAACUGCCCUUUUACCCUGACCCCUAUCACCUACUGUAUGGCCCACAGCUACUGCCAUACCCCUAUAACCUUGCUGCCCUUCCAAUGGCUCUAAAUAUGAUGGCAUCAGGGGACAAAGAGCCCUUACCCUUCUUGCCUUUUUUCAAUUACGCUGCCGCUGCUGCCCCUUUAACAGGCACAGUGCCCCAUCCUUUAGUAGUGAACCCCAGCCUAUACAACAGUGGUGGCAGCAGUAGCACAAAGCAGGACAACCCAUAAGUGAGUACACAAUGGCAGCAAGGGAAUAUCUGUUAAAGAGCAGAGGAGGCCAUUAAGGGUGGAAGUUAUGUUUUUCUGUUUGUUAACUGAACACUCUUGCACAGCUCUUACUUCUCUUUUGUAAAGCGGUAAAUGCAUAGGCAUACCUAGAAAUCUAACGUGGUGGAAAGAUGGAGAGGUGUCUUGACGACAGGAGGAAAGGAUAUAAAGGGGUGAAGAACAAUAGAUAUAACACCCCCUUCAGGCACUGCCAAGAUGCACCUCCAACACACCACUUCUUUGCCUCUUCUGUAGUGUUGUUAGAGCUUGGAUAUCCGUCCUCUCAAAAUCAAUAUGACAUUAGGGAUAACACAAGAACAAUAACAGCUAACAAGAUAUGUGUUUCGCUAAACGAAUUCUGUCUGCUUCCCAUAAUAAGGACAGUAUAACAACAAUAAUGUUAAUAAUAGUUGUGUUAAUUACACUGCUUAUAGUAAUACAAGGGUGGCUUAUCAUUGAAAGCAAAAUGGUAUGCUCAACAUACUCAACACACAGGGAAGAUGCAGCAGCAGUUUUGUGUGUGAGCGUGCGUGUGUGUGUGCAUGCAUGAGUGUGUACAGUGUGCGAUUUUGUAUAGAGGUAAUGCAUGGAGACUUUGGGGUAGCUCAUAGUGUCAUAUCUUACAACAUCGGUACUCCAGUCAUGUGUUUUUCAGUAUUUCGGCUUUAUGUGUGCCUGCAGGUUUGUGUAAGUGUAUUUGUGGGGUGUGUUGGGGGUGUAGGCAUGCACACUUAAAAUCAUUUGUGCUGCAUCAGCCUUGGUCAGUUCCAUGGAAGUUCACAUAAAAACACCAUUCCUGGAAAGCUGUUAUAAUCUUAAUAGGUCAGUAAAUAGAAAACAUAGAUGAAGUUCUUCUUUCGUAAGUCAUAGCAUAGCAACUUGAUGGUGUAGCUACAUGUCAUAUGGAUUAAACAUAUUAUUACGUGAUGCCUUCACUAACCAGGACCAUCAUGACAAGAUCAAAUGUAUGGUGAUAUAGAAUCCACUCUACAUUUGAGCGUGUUAUGUCUAGAGACAGAUUGUGUUUCGCAUAGUUUGGUUUGUAGGAUGUUGGUAUUAAUCCUUGAUCAUUUAUGAAAUAAGUCUGUGUACUUCCAGUACUCCUGCCAACUGUUUCAUCUCUUCCAACAACAUACGUUCCAGUCGACUUCAUGUUUGUGGCCUUCUCCUCCCCACUGCCCCCUGGUGUCCACCAAAGACACUCCAUUCACUUGACUGAAUUUAAGACACAACAGAGAGGGAGAAACCAAGUGAGACAAACAGACAACGAUACAGAGCGAGAGCGUGAGCAAAAAUGGGAGGAAAGUGGAGAAAAGCGCAGCUAGGCAGUGCGUUAGCAUAAAUGGAGCUUCCUUUAUAAAGACAGAGAGAAUCGUACACUUGUAAGAGGCAGUAGUCGGUGAAUGUUAGUUUUAGAAAAACAUAAUCUACUACAAGCAAGCCACCAUUUCUUUUGGUUAGCAGAUUCUCUCUCCGCAGCAGAGAAAAGAGAGGGACAGGACGUUAGUCAGUCCUGACGCCCCUGCAGGGCCUGCACUAUGGGACUUAUAGCACUGGAGUGGCUUAAGCUCUCCCUUGUACUUUCUUGUUUUUUUCCUUUGUUUUUCACUAUAUUAUUUGUUUGAUUUACAUAUUUUUCCCUUUUUGGUAGUGAGAAAAGGCUUGUGCUUGAAGCUCAUUCAAGUACACAAAAAUAUGAAUGUAAUUUAGUCAUGAGGUUAAAAAUAAAGACAGUAUGGUAGAUCAUUUCUGUACGCUGACUUGAAAAAUAACAUGUAAUAUUGAACCGCUAUGAGGUAUUCAUAUAUAAAUAUAUAUAUACACAGUAGUCUUAGGGAUGUGUCAAGGAAGUUGGAUUCAAUAUAACCACAACGCAUGAGCAACAACUGCUUCUUCAGUAUCUUCUGGUGUUGUCACAAAACCCCAUUUUCCUCCAUAUGUGGCUCUUCAUUUUCUCCUGCUUUUUUCUCUUGAGGCAUGUCCUCGGAAAACCCUUUGGGCUUCUUUUUUUUUUUUUUAACCCUUCAGUAUCAAAAUUUCAAAUCUAAAACCAAAAAGACAAACUCCUAUGUUGCCUUAUUUCUUUUCCCCAAGCAUUACGAAAGCUUUUCAAACACCACCCUUCCAUCUCCGACUCUUUCUCAUUCCAACACCCUCUCCCUGUCUAUUCUCAAUAUUUUACCUUCUCCCUUUGAAGUAAGUGUGAAACUGUGCAAUGUAGCCGCAGCACUGUUCAUUUCCUGAGGGUAAAACACAAUGCAAUGAACGGUUGUGGAUAAUGUAGCUUCACUCGGGUAUGAGUACAAGCCUUUUGUUUGCAUUGUAAAAGUGUGUGUGUGUGAGAGAGAGAAAGGGUGUGUGGUGGUAAAGGAAAAGGAAACCAAAACAAGGUCUAUCUCCCUUGAUAGCUACCAACAAACUUGUGUUUGAUUUUGGACCUCUUAUUUUUGCUGUAUUUCCUUCACCAUGACAACAUUUUUACAUGAAUUCUAGAAAUGUAUAAAUGAAUUAAUUGCGUCAACCACUUGUACCAGUGAUUGGUUAAAAAAAAAAAAAAAAAGUAAAUGUUAAAUUUGUGUAAACGAAUGUAAAAACAGUAACAAACAUGCUGUUGAGAGGUUCACGUAAAAAUCUGACAAUUAUUUUUAGAGAACUAAUAACAUUGGCUUUGUAUUUUAUUUUUUUUGUCUCCAUUGACUAUUUAAGCCUGAUUAGGUUUAAAUAUUGGCCCGGAUAUCAAUUGUUCAAUUCUGAAUCAGUAACUGGUUUAAAAUGACUAAAUCUGAAAUUUUGAUGUUUACAUACAAGAUGCCUUUGCAUUUUUAUUUAAAUAAGCUAAUAAGAAUAUGCACAUAAUCUGAGCGCACCUUACAAAGAAAAAAUUGUCAUACCAUUUUCUAUAAAACAUUCUAUUUAAGUACUGCUUUGAGGAACAACAUAAUGAGUUAUGACUUAUGUUCUCAUGGUUUCUGUUUCAUCCAUCAGCAGACAUUCAAUGAAAUUCAGUGGAUAGUAUGCUUGAAAGAGGUCACUUGUGACUGUGUGGGCUACUACUACUACUAGUCCUACUUUAAAAAAAAUAUUUUUAUCAGUCAGCAUCUGGAUAGACUACUGAAUAUUUGCACAAACCUAUAAAAAAGACUUAGAAAUAAUUUAGAAAUUAAGCUUUUUGGGGACAUACGUAGAGAAAACAAAAAAACACAGAUCUGUCCAGUACAUUUGGUUUUGAACAGUACCAAAACUACAAAAAAAUUCAGGCAUUGUUUUGGUCCACCCAGAACAAGGACCCUUUGGAGGCUUCAAUUGUCAAUCAAAGUGACUAAAAUCUACCAGCUGCAUAUGUUCUGCACUUGGUCAUAGUUGUAGGCAUGUGACUAAAUUGUCUGGUAUUUUGUGACAAUGUUAUAUUGUGCCAUUGUUUUAGAGGUCCACAUUAUAUUUGGGCAGUUUCAAAGAAGUGAAAUGUUUGAAACUUUAUUUGUGUCUUGUUGAAUUUGUGACCAUUUAAUACAAAGGUUUGUUGGCACACAUUGCCGAUUCAAGUCUACAAUCAACAGUUAAUUUCUUUGCUCCUGUUCUCUUUACUCCUUCUGUCCACGCUACAACCAUACAAAUAAAGUAUUAACCUGA